CUGAGGUUCUGCACUCAAGAAAACCCUGAACUAGGGGUAAACAAUAAUUACUGUUAAUACAAAAGAGACAUCAUGUGAACUUUUGGAGAUCCAUAGAGAUACAAAUACGUCAAAAUAGAAUGAAAAACUAUGAAUGAAAGACAAGUUGUUAAAUUCAUGGAAUUGUACUUACACAUCAGCCACCGGAUGUCGCUGUCUUCCAUAAAAUGUUUUUAGAACAAAGGCAUAAUCCUGUUUCUCAAGGACCAGAAAGGAGCUACAUUCUCAGAUCUCAGCCAUUUCGAUAAAAUUAGAUGUAAGAAGUCGAAUAGCAGAAGUUCAGAGAGCAUGUUUGUUCUAGACUGCUGAUUCAUCAAUUUGUUAAUCGGCAGAAAGGUAUGAUGUUGGUCUACACACCCAGCAGCCCAAGAGCCUUGCGCCUGCUCUUGCUUCUGCUUCUCGCAGCCUGGAAGGCGGGGAGCGGCCAGGUCCAUUAUUCUGUCCCGGAGGAGGCUAAACACGGCACCUUCGUGGGCCGCAUCGCCCAGGACUUGGGGCUGGAGCUGGCAGAGCUGGUGCCGCGCCUCUUCCGAGUGGCGUCCAAGGGUCACGGGGAUCUUCUGGAGGUAAAUCUGCAGAAUGGCAUUUUGUUUGUGAAUUCUCGGAUCGACCGGGAGGAGCUGUGCGGGCGGAGCGCGGAGUGCAGCAUCCACUUGGAGGUGAUCGUGGACAGGCCGCUGCAGGUUUUCCAUGUGGAGGUGGAGGUAAAGGACAUAAACGACAACCCGCCAGUCUUCUCCGUUUCAGAACAAAAGCUUUCAAUACCCGAAUCUCGACUGCUUGACUCUCGGUUUCCGCUAGAAGGCGCAUCUGAUGCGGAUGUUGGAGAGAAUGCAGUGCUUACUUACAGACUCAGUCCAAAUGAGUUUUUCAUUCUUGAUAUUAUAAACAGAAAGGACAAAGCCAAAACCCCAGUGCUUGUUCUAGGAAAAAUGCUGGAUCGUGAAGAAAAUCCUCAGCUUCAGUUGUUACUAACCGCAACUGAUGGAGGCAAACCGGAAUAUACUGGAUCUGUUACUCUGCUGAUCUUGGUGUUGGAUGCCAAUGAUAAUGCACCUAUAUUUGACCGAUCCGUUUAUGAAGUUAAGAUGUAUGAAAAUUCAGCGAACCAAACGUUAGUAAUAUGGCUAAAUGCGUCUGAUGCAGAUGAAGGAGUAAACAAAGAAAUGAUAUACUCAUUUAGUUCUUUGGUUCCAUCCAGCACAAGGCGGAAAUUUCUAAUGAAUGAAAAAACGGGAGAAAUAAGAGUAAAUGACGCUAUUGACUUUGAGGAUAGUAACACUUAUGAAAUUCAUGUAGAUGUUACAGAUAAAGGAAACCCACCUAUGGUUGGUCACUGCACUGUACUAGUGGAAGUUCUGGAUGAAAAUGAUAAUUCACCCGAAGUGGUUAUCACUUCUUUGGCUCUCCCGGUGCGAGAAGAUGCUCAGGUGGGCAGUGUCAUCGCCCUGAUCAGCGUGUCCGACCGUGACUCUGGCGCCAACGGGCAGGUGACUUGCACACUAACACCCCGUGUCCCCUUCAAGCUGGUGUCCACCUUCAAGAACUACUAUUCGCUGGUGCUGGACAGCGCCCUGGACCGAGAGAGCGUGUCGGACUAUGCUCUGGUAGUGACCGCACGCGACGCAGGCUCGCCUUCGCUCUCCGCCACGGCCAGCGUGUCCGUGGAAGUGGCGGACGUGAACGACAACGCGCCGGCAUUCGCGCAGCCCGAGUACACGGUGUUCGUGAAGGAGAACAACCCGCCCGGCUGCCACAUCUUCACGGUGUCUGCGCGGGACGCCGACGCGCAGGAGAACGCGCUGGUGUCCUACUCGCUGGUGGAGCGGCGCGUGGGCGAGCGUGCGCUGUCGAGCUACGUGUCGGUGCACGCGGAGAGCGGCAAGGUGUACGCGCUGCAGCCGCUGGACCACGAGGAGCUGGAGCUGCUGCAGUUCCAAGUGAGCGCGCGCGACGCGGGCGUGCCUCCCCUGGGCAGCAACGUGACGCUGCAGGUGUUCGUGCUGGACGAGAACGACAACGCGCCCGCGCUGCUGCCGCGGCCGGGGACGGGCGGCGGCGGCGGCGGCGGCGGCGGCGCUGUGAGCGAGCUGGUGUCGCGGUCGGUGGGCGCGGGCCACGUGGUGGCGAAGGUGCGCGCGGUGGACGCCGACUCUGGCUACAACGCGUGGCUGUCGUAUGAGCUGCAGCCGGCGGCGGGUGGCGCGCGCAGCCCGUUCCGCGUGGCGCUGUACACGGGCGAGAUCAGCACGACGCGCACCCUGGACGAGGCGGACUCGCCGCGCCAGCGCCUGCUGGUGCUGGUGAAGGACCACGGCGAGCCGGCGCUCACGGCCACCGCCACUGUGUUGCUGUCGCUGGUGGAGAGCGGCCAGGCGCCCAAGGCGUCGUCGCGGGUGCUGGCGGGCGCCGCUGGCGCCGAGACGGCGCUGGUGGAUGUCAACGUGUACCUGAUCAUCGCCAUCUGCGCGGUGUCCAGCCUGUUGGUGCUCACGCUGCUGCUGUACACGGCGCUGCGCUGCUCGGCUCCGCCCGCGGAGGGCGCGUGCGCGCCUGGGAAGCCCACGCUGGUGUGCUCCAGCGCGGUGGGGAGCUGGUCGUACUCGCAGCAGAGGCGGCAGAGGUGUGCUCCGCGGAGGGCCCGCCCAAGACCGACCUCAUGGCCUUCAGCCCCAGCCUUCCUCCGUGUCCUGGAUCUCUAAAUGCGACGGAAGAUCCACAAGCUUCUUUGGAGUCCUCUGGAAAGCCGCGACAGCCCAACCCUGACUGGCGUUACUCUGCCUCCCUCCGAGCAGGAAUGCACAGCUCUGUGCACCUAGAGGAGGCUGGCAUUCUACGGGCUGGUCCAGGAGGGCCUGAUCAGCAGUGGCC